AUGGCUUCUGUUGUUCUCAAUUCACUAGCUGAAACAACAGUUCAGAUCCUAGACGAUGAUGAAUACCCUCUCUCCGUCAAUGGAAAACAGCAGAUUCGCAGGCUUCAAGAAAAAAUACCUUCCAUGGGAAAAUUUCUACGUAUGUAUCAGGGAGAUGGCAGCGGGUUGGAAAGGAGAAUUAGGGAUGCAGCUAAUGAAGCCGAAGAUGUUAUCGAGCAUCUGAUGCACGAGCAUAUCCGAUCAACUGCUGCAGGACUAGCCACCGAUAUUCAAUAUGAUUUAGGUGAGCUGAAUAUGGUGAUGGAUGAAUUUGACUCCAUUGCUGAAGAGGUGGAUGAGCUCAUCCAACAAAACAGAGUGAAGCCGCCAACGCCCACAGUUGUAGAUAGGAUGCUUACACCUGCUGUCGAUGGCUUCCCUGUUGGUCUUGAGGAGCAGGUGGACAAAUUAAGAGUUUUUCUCUUGGAAUACCAAGAAUAUAUUCAAGUCAUGGCAAUCACGGGGAUGGGUGGUAUUGGAAAGACAACUCUUGCGAGAGCUGUUUUUGAAGAUGAGCAAGUUGUCAACCACUUUCCAGUUCGGGCCUGGAUCCAUGUGUCUCAGAAUUAUGAAAUCCAGAAUGUCUAUGAAGAGCUCUUAUUUUCCUUGGAGAAACAAGUCGAAAAAGGACUUGUGAAUGAUUGUGACACAACAGAACAUAAAAUAAACCAAAUCUUGAUUAAGAACAUGCACCUGAUCGUGGUGGAUGAUCUAUGGAGUUAUCAAGCUUGGCAAGCCAUAAGGAAGGUAUUUCCCGUGACAGAAAACGACUUAGGGGAUCGGAUUCUGAUAACCACAAGGGAUGAAUAUGCGGUUCCUUCUCCAUCUGAUUCGGUGAAGAUGGAUGUCAUGGAUGAGAAUUUAAGCUGGUGUCUGCUGAAGCAAAAGGUGUUUGGUAGCAGGGAAUGUCCAUCUGAUUUGGAGAAGAUCGGAAAGGAUAUUGCAAAAGCUUGUAAGGGGCUGCCCCUUGCAAUUGUGAUAGCUGCUCGUAUAUUGUCUCAAAGAGUUCAGACUCAAUCCUCAUGGGAGGAACUUGCACAAAACAUACGUACACUUAUUGUGGAAGACGAGCAGUUUCAAGAGAUAAUGUUAUUGAGUUAUACCAACUUGCCUCAUUAUUUGAGGUCUAGUUUCUUAUACAUGUGUGGCUUCCCUGACGAUUAUGAAAUUCGAGUCUCCGUGCUUGUCAAGUUAUGGAUGGCUGAAGGAUUUGUGAAAAAUCAAAGGGAUGCUGAAUAUAUUGUGAAUGAGAUCGUGAGCAAAAAUUUGGCUUCGAUCACGACCAUCAAGUACAAUGGCGAUAUCAAAAGUUGCAGUGUCCAUGAUUUGGUAAGUGACUUGUACAAGAUCAAGGCAAUAGAUGAGAAUUGCGAGCGACGAAUUAGUAAUUCUCAUCUUGAUCUGAGGGAGGUUGCAAGAGCGUAUGCCUCGACCAUGCGCUCUGUUAUAAGUUUCCAACCUAAUGAAAGCUCACUACGCGGUUUGAGAAAGUUCAAAUUGCUGAGGGUGUUGGAUGUGGUGGAUACGGAUGCCUACUCCCUCCCUGCCUCUGUGUUUGAUCUCUUUCACUUGAGGUACCUUGCUUUCGGAUGUCCAAUGGAGGUUCCAUCAGCCAUAUCCAAACUUCGUUAUCUCCGAUCUUUGAUCAUCCGUCCCAGCAAGAGGUCAAAGAAAUACAAACACUCAAGGGAUGAGGUAUAUCUACCGUUAGAGAUCUGGAUGCUGCCACAUUUGACGCAUCUUGUAUCCUUUUUCGAUCUCUUGCCAGAUCCAGAAGGCGCAGCUUCUUCUUCUGCUCAGGAGAAGCUGCUCACACUUUCUGUGGUGAAGAGGCUGAUAUGUACAGAAGAGAUAAUGAAACUGAUUUGCAACGUGGAAAAGCUCUCAAUCACUUAUUUUGGAGACAUAUAUCAACAAGACUAUCAGCUCCAUAAUCUUGUUCUUCUGACACAACUUGAGAAGCUGACAUUAGUUGUGAAGAAAGGUUCUCUUCUUCAGUUAAAAGCUAAACCAGUUUUCCCCGAGAAACUAAGAGAGUUAACCUUGAGUGGUUGGCGAUUUCCUUGGGAAGAUAUGAAAGCUAUUGCAGCUCUACCCUAUCUCCAAGUGCUCAAAUUGAGAGAUCAUGCCUUUCGAGGACAUACGUGGAACUCUAUAGGAGAGAGCGAUGAAGUGUACGGUGAAGAGGAUGAUGAAGUGUAUGGUGAAAUACAUUUGUGUCAACGAUAUACAUGGAACACCCCAUAG